UCUAUGCAUCUAGCAUAGUAUAGCGCCCACAGAGGCCCCCACACGUCUCGGCGAAUCCAGCAAGGCCAGGAACAGCAAUCCUUGCGCAAGCACAUUCGCUUUAUCCGACACAUUCGGCACAUAACCUUUCGAUUCGACAAUGCUGUCGCGCUGCCUGGGCAUGGCCGGCACCACCCUUGGUGGUAGCCUGGCGUCUGGCGCGCAGUCUGCGGUCAGCGGCAUGUUCCGCGCCUCUGGUCGUCGAGCCACCAGUCUCCAGGUGCUCGCCUGGCAGCUGCCCAACCUGUUUGCUGGCGACCAGCAGGCUCGCAACGCCGCAUCCAUCAAGGCCAAGAUGGCGGAGGCCAACAAGGCGCUGGAGAGCGACAAGAUGCUGUGCUACCAGUGCGAGCAGACCAAGAGCGGUACUGGCUGCACUGAGAUCGGCGUGUGCGGCAAGACCCCCGAGGUCGCUGGGCUGCAGGACCUGCUAGUGUACUCCGUCAAGGGCCUGGCCUCCCUGGCCCACAUCGCUCGCAACUCUCCCGCCAAAAUCGAGGACCCGGCCGUCAACACCUUCAUCAACGGCGCCAUCUUCUCCACCCUGACCAACGUCAACUUUGCCGAUGACCGCUUCCUGGAGUUUGUGUCUGAGGCCCGUGCCCACCACGCCCGCCUGUCCGCCAAGAUGGCUGCGGCCGGCGUGCAGGUGCCCGCCUCCGCCACCGAGCAGCAGGUGUGGUUCGGCUCCAUGCCGCACCCGCUGCUGUGGAACUCCCAGGCUGCGGCGCUGGGCGGCGUGGGCGACAUGCUCGAAGUCGCUGCAAAGACCGGCAUCGCCGAGCGCCAGAAGGUGCUGGGCGAGACUCUGGCGGGUCUGCAGGAGCUGCUGGUGUACGGCCUGAAGGGUGUGUGCGCAUAUGCCCACCACGCGGAGGCCCUGGGUUUCACCGACCCCACCGUGUACGCUGAGAUCCAGGGGGCGCUGCACUUCCUGAACACGCCCGGCGCCAAGGACGUGGGCCAGGUUCUGGACGCCUGCUUCAAGUGCGGCGCGACCAACUUCAAGGUCAUGGAGAUGCUGAGCAACGCACACACCGACACCUUCGGCCACCCCGUGCCCACGCCCGUCACGCUCAACCCCGUGCCCGGCAAGGCCAUCCUGGUGACCGGCCACGACAUGCACGACCUGCACAUGCUGCUGGAGCAGACGGCGGGCAAGGGCAUCAACGUGUACACGCACGGCGAGAUGCUGCCGGCGCACGGCUACCCCGGCCUGAAGAAGUACCCGCACCUGGUCGGCCACUUCGGCGGCGCCUGGUACCGCCAGAAGAUUGACUUUGCCGAGUUCCCCGGCGCCGUGGCGGUGACCACCAACUGCGUGCUGGACCCGCUCCAGGUGUACAAGCAGAACAUCUUCACCAUCAACGAGACCGGCCUGUCGGGCGUGCCGCACAUCCGCCCCGACGCCAACGGGCACAAGGACUUCACGCCCAUCAUCAACCGCGCACUGCAGCUGCCCGGCUUCACGCCUGAGUUGAUUGAGAAGCGGCCCAAGAAGAAGGAUGUCACGGUGGGCUUUGGCCACAAGGCGGUUCUGAGCGUGGCUCCCCAGGUGAUUCAGGCUAUUCAGGAGAAGCGGCUGGAGCACAUCUUCCUGGUGGGCGGCUGCGACGGCUCGGAGCCGCAGCGCAAGUACUACAGCAAGCUGUACCAGUACAUGCCCACCAACACCAUGGUGCUCACCCUGGGCUGCGGCAAGUUCCGCAUCUUCGACCAGGACUUCGGCACGCUGCCGGGCACCGACCUGCCGCGCCUGCUGGACAUGGGCCAAUGCAACGACUCGUACAGUGCGCUGGUGGUGGCGACUGAGCUGGCCAAGGUGUUCAAGACGGACGUGAACUCGCUGCCGCUGUCGCUGGACCUGUCCUGGUUUGAGCAGAAGGCCGUGGCGGUGCUGCUGACGCUGCUGCACCUGGGCGUGCGCAACAUCCGCCUGGGGCCCCGCCUGCCCGCCUUCCUGACGCCCGAGGCGGUGGGCGUGCUGGUGGACAGGUUCAACCUGAUCCCCGCCAACGUGGCUGACCCCGGCGCGGACAUGAAGAUGAUGAUGAAGAACAAGUAAACCGCAUGACGUGCGGCACACGCGUCAGUAGAAUUUUGCAGGCUAACCAGCCAUGGUUGCCACAGGGCUUAGCAACAAAUGUAUACAUUGCGCCUCGUUAAACUUGACGCGAUCCAUGCACGGGCAAUUGCACCAGCAGCACUGCAUUUAUCUUGAGCCGGUGUAUGGAAUGGAUGUAAACCCGCAGCGCAUUUCAUCCCCCGGCAAGCAAUUAUUCUUAUGUGGUGUGAGCCCUGCAGUGCACAGCCGUACAUACGUGACUCCUGUUGCCUGCUGUUGUUGCCAGGAUUGUGGUCAGGUUGCGGUACUCAUGUGGUAUGUGCGGGCGCCGUGGGAGGGCACCUUCCAAUGUAUUGUUGGUGGCACGGUAAUAGCAGUACGGUAUGUUAAUGCAAACGAAAUGACCUGAUACACACAAAUGUUGCUUAUUCGAGAACGGGUGAGAUGUGCCGAACCUCUGAGUAAGUUGCAAGGGCUGACACCGUGGGCUGACACCCACGCCUAAGUCCGGCACGAUGUCAUGCGUGCACCUGCCAAUCAGGCAGCUUAAGAAAACGGUGCCAGCUUUGUAACAGCGGAAACUUGUUGUAAAUCGCGCCAGGGCUUGCAUCUCCCAGGGGUAGGCCGCAGUGUGUGUAUGUGCACAUACACACGCACGCGUGGGGCACCCUAGCUUCAGGGCUGUUCGGCCCAGAGCACGCUCAACAGACACAGCUUAGCACUGCCUGCAUACCGGGCCGGAGAUGAUUCCCUCCUGACCUGGGUGCUGGGCACCCUUGCUUGGUCGGACUGUCCCUUCUUGUAAUGUCGCAUUCAUACCGUACUGCUCCACGGACUAGUCCACGCACCGACCAUCGAUCGCGCCUUGCGUGCAUGCCGCGAGGACGACGCUCCGUAUACUGAACGGGCUUGCUGGACAGGCCAAGGCGUGUGUGCGCCUCUAUGGGUGCUAGACUAUGCUAGACGCAUAGACGAGAUUAAGUCUGUGCGCGGCGCAGAGCGCUCUAGUAUGCCGGCGAAUGGCAUACGGUGACUAAGGCCCCCUUGCCUUCCAAGGGGCCCUUGUGUCCAGGUUGGCACGAUUGUACCGGCUCGACCGUGAGGCGAAUGCGUAGUUGGGAUA